CGGUCCGGUUCCUGGGCGGAGAGGUAAGUGGCUCCGGCAAUGUCAGGACGGGGUGAGAAGGUGCUGACCCGCUGCAGGGCAGGAAACGAAUGGUGGUUCGGCGACGACCUCGAGAGCGCUAAAGGAAUAGGACGGAUAAUCCAGCCGGCGAGCCCAGGCGGACUCGAGGCUGGUUGCCUGCCCGGAGAAACGCUUGUCGUCCGAACUCUGCUGCAAGAUUGCAGUGACGUCAGCACCGCCGCCAAACACCAGAGGCAUGGGUUUAUCAGGCUGGCCCGUGGCGUGUUCUUCCACCUCCUCAGGCCUACAGGGCGUGGUCUAGUGGCAGGGUGGCGCACCGCGGCGCUGGUGCGGUUCCAGCUGCGCCACCUGCCGCUGCAGACGGGGCUGUGCGAGGCGGAGGGCUUCGGCGCCGCCGAGUGCCGCGAGGCCGAGACGGUGGAUCUCUUUGUCGACAACGAGCAGGGCCUGCGGGCCGCGCUCGAGGACGUCGAGGCGCUCGGGAAGUGGGUGCCCGAGUUCGAGGUGCGGACGUGGACUGCCGAGGAGGCACGCGAGAAAUUCGAGGUCAACCAGCACGUCGUCGGCGCCAUCUCGUACAAGGCCGGCGCCCUGUGGCCGUGCCGGCUGGUAUCCCAGACGCAGACUUCCCCUACCUCAUCACCACGCCUCGCGGGGCCGUCCGCGCCAGGCACGUGGUGCACGCCACCAACGCGCACGCGGGCAACCUCGUCUCGGGCCUGCGCGGCAAGGCCACGGGGCGUGCUGGCCCACAUGAGCGCGCAGCGGCCCGGCGCCGACUUCCCGCGCCGCGGCGACGGGGCCCUCUCGUGGGGCCUCGUGUACGGCGGCUCGGCCUUCGACUACGUCACACAGCGGCCCGGCGGCGGCGGCUUCUCGCGUUCGGCGAAGCAAGGGGGCGACAUGGUCGGGGUCUACGACGACUCGCGCCUCGACGCCCUGACGGCCGCGCACCUCGAGGGCAUCGUGCCCCCCGUACUCAGGCCGCGCUGGGGCGCCGACGAGGCCGCGGGUGGGCCGCGAGUGAAGAGCCUCUCUGGUCGGGCGUCCUCAGCUUCACGGCGGACUCGCUUCCCCUCGCCGGGCGGCUGGACGAGCGGACUACAGGGCGCAAGGUGCCGCCGACGAGGAAACGACGUGGGGGCAAAGAUGGAUAUCAUGGACUUGGCCGACAACCUCAUGUGAUGGGCGGACAGGAACGGCACCUUUUGGAUACUUGGAGCAUUGGAAAGAAACGUAUCUUGGGCACAAUUCGAACUCGCUACAAAGUAAAUUU